AUGUCAGGUUACCGAGUUUCCAUCAAGCGCAACCUCCAUUUUGUAGACGGAAACAACAAUGAGAUAGGAGGUGCCUGGCAGAAUGGGGCACUGACCUGGUCGGAGAUGGUAGAAUGGAUGGAAAUAACAUUUGAGAAACCUACAAACGAGUAUGCCCCGUUCCGUUGCCUUGAGCCAGGCGAUCCAGUUCAGCUACUGGCGCAGCAUGGACCUGCAAUAGAAAUUCAGGGUAAUAAUAAUCCAGUCAAGCCUGGGUUUUAUAUUAUUCUGAGCCCUGAAGGCGAAGUUGUCGACCUUCCAAUCAAUCGCCAGAAUCCCAUGCCGCGCCCUUCCAGUCGCGUAUCGUCGGCUGAACUAAGCAUUUUCGAAAUCGAGUUCGAGCACGAGAUGGCCGCUGUGUCAUCACUUGGUGCAAAGCCAGCUGGGAGUGAUUUUGUUCGCCUAGAUUUGUUUGAUACAUAUCGCAUUGCUAUCAAUCCCGAUAAGGGAUACAAGACGUACUGUUUUAUUGAUGAACCCGAGCUAGACAACCUAAUAAUGUUCCGUGAUCCAAACACGGCCACACAGUACCAACCACGUGGCGACCUUUUAAAGCACCACUUCCGAAUAUCGGUUUUACUCAACAUGAAGGGCAGGGAGGGAUACCCCAAAUGGGAUGAAGAUAUCCCGUCAGGGUGUGGUGAGAUGGCAGAAGCUGCAAGUUCAGAGGAAGGGAAGCUCCGUCUCGAGGCCAUAUUGGGUAGUAAGCUCAAUAGCUAUCUUGAAUAAUUUACAAGGCUCUUAUUAAGAC